GGCCAUUAUGUGUUGGAUAAUGCAAGUGAUUAUCUGGAAGCUACUGACUCAUUGACUCUCUUAUGCCAAUCAUUGAUUUCGGUUGGAAAGUGAUAAUGGUUAUAUGGAAACGAAAGGAUUUUGCCAGAAUAAUUGCACGCAUUGAAAGUUUAAAUGUGAGGGCCUCUGGCGAGGAACUAAAGAUUGUGCGCACCGAAAAUACCAAGGAUGUCAUCUUUUCGACAACUUAUUUCGUUUUGGUCUUACUCACUGGAGCUUGGAGCCUUUUGGUGCCCAUCUACUUUGCCGUUUACAUUUACAUGACCACAGGUGUUGUGGAUUUACCAGUGCCGCAUAAAGCCACCUAUUUUUGGAAUCACGAACAUGUCAAGGGAUACUCUUUGGUCUACAUCUGGGAUAUGUUCAUCAUUUAUUUCAUAGCCUGUUCGGCGGUGAGCACCGAGAGCAUGUUCUCGUGGCUGGUUUGCAACAUAAUCGCCCAAUUUCGCAUACUAAUGCAUCGUUUGGAGGUGGCCUCUAAGUUGCCACUGCAAACAAACUAUGUGGCCGCCAAUCAUCAUGUGGACGACGACGAUGACAAUCCUGAUUUGUGUGAAAUCGAUGCGAAUGGCACUAUGAUGGAGGCCAUAAUCAACUGCAUCAAAUUUCAUCGUCGCACAUUGCGCUUGACGCAAGAGCUGAAUAGUCUCUAUGGGGCCAUCAUAUUUGUGAAAUUCAUUGUUUCCGGUACACAAAUCUGCUGUUUGGCAUUUCACUUGGUGCGCGGCAAUAAUUCCCUCUUCAAUGUGGCAUAUUUGUUGAUGUUUCUUUCGGCAGCAGCCUUGCAAUUGAUUUUGUAUUGCUACAAUGGUCAGAGGUUAAAGGAUGAGAGUUUAUUGAUAUGCACCAGCAUCUAUUCAACCUUCGAAUGGUCUAAGUUGCCAAAGUCGACCCAGAAAAUGUUGCUGGUGCCAAUGAUGCGUGCCCAACAAUUCAGCGAACUUCGUGGUGUAUUCUUUACGGUCGAUUUAAGUUUAUAUUUAUGGGUUUUCCGAACUGCGGGUUCAUUGAUUGCGGCUUUGAAGACACUGGAGGAAAAGGAGGAGUAAAGAAGAAGGACCACACAUAAAAGAAUAUAAAGAUGGGAUGAAUUUCAUGGGGAAGCAUCUACAAGAAGAUGAAUUGGAGAAUGAGGUCUCUCUUUCUUUUAUUUCUUUAAAAUUCAUUUAUUUAUGUUGGAAAUAAAAUCACCAAAACGUAAUUUGUAGUCAGCACAUUAGAGAAA